CAACUUGAAUGAAUCUUUUUAUCUAAAUAAACAGUCGGUUGCACUCGACUAUCUGACUAAUGUCAGUAGUUUAUGUUGGCCAGCUUACAUUACAUUGACACGUGUAAUGUACCACAAUUUCACUUCAGGUUCCUAAAAUCUAAAUCUGUCUGUUGUCAUAUGAGCCUAACCAAGCAAUAGCCACUGAGCUCACAAACAUACUGCCACAUGGCUUUUCCUUCUCCUAAUUAGUUAUUUGUCAUUCAAUCACCACAUUUUCUCAUCUUUGUCAUGUCAACAAUGUCUCUUAUUAACUCCACUACCAUUUCCCUUAUUUUGUUUUUUCCUUCUUAUGUUAGUGCUCCACCCUUUUUAUAUUCAUGCAUUUCCUACUUUUCCUCAACUUUAAGCUAUGAUCUAAUCUUAUAUUUAUUGCACAUAAUAUAUAGAGGACAAACACUUGCAAUAUAUUUGGUUUUCUUAAACAAUAACAAACUCCAACAAUGGCUUCUACUUUAUCUCACAAUCCCUCAAUGGCAGCUUUCUCAAGAACCCAUUUCACAAUUCCUAUUUAUAAAGAGUUUUCAGCUUAUACUUCACCUUUAAUGAGCUAUAUAAGCAGAAAAACCAAGCAGAGGCAGAGCAAGAAACUGAUGCAAGUAAAAGCAACAGUAAUACUUGAAUCACCUACUUCUAUUUCAAAGUCAACGCAGAGGGUAGCUGAAAUUGGUGGUGAUCAAACUCCUCAGAAGAAGCAGGUUAAGGUACUUGUAGCUGGUGGAGGGAUUGGUGGCUUGGUUUUUGCUUUGGCUGCAAAGAGGAAAGGGUUUGAGGUAGUAGUGUUUGAGAAGGAUUUGAGUGCUAUAAGAGGGGAGGGACAGUAUAGGGGUCCAAUUCAGAUACAAAGUAAUGCUUUGGCUGCUUUAGAAGCUAUAGAUUUGAAUGUUGCCGAAGAAGUUAUGAGAGUUGGUUGCAUCACAGGUAAUAGAAUCAAUGGGCUUGUAGAUGGAGUUUCUGGGUCUUGGUAUACCAAGUUUGAUACGUUCACUCCAGCAGCAGAACGCGGGCUUCCAGUAACUAGAGUUAUUAGUCGAAUGGCUUUACAAGAGAUUCUUGCACGUGCAGUAGGGGAAGAUGUCAUUAUGAACGCCAGCAGUGUUGUUGAUUUUGUUGAUCAUGGAACUAAGGUAACGGUGGUGCUGGAUAAUGGUCAGAAAUAUGAUGGAGAUCUCUUGGUUGGAGCAGAUGGGAUUUGGUCCAAGGUGAGGGAAAAGUUAUUUGGGGCAUCAGAAGCUACAUACUCUGGCUAUACAUGUUAUACUGGUAUAGCAGAUUUUGUGCCACCUGAUAUUGAAUCUGUUGGGUAUCGAGUAUUCUUAGGGCACAAACAAUACUUUGUAUCUUCAGAUGUUGGUGCUGGAAAGAUGCAAUGGUAUGCAUUUCACCAAGAACCUGCUGGCGGUGUUGAUACCCCCAAUGGGAAAAAGGAAAGAUUAUUGAAGAUAUUUGAGGGCUGGUGUGAUAAUGUAAUAGAUUUAAUAGUUGCUACUGAAGAAGAGGCAAUUCUACGACGAGAUAUAUAUGAUAGGACGCCAACACUAACAUGGGGAAAAGGUCGUGUGACCUUACUUGGGGAUUCUGUUCAUGCUAUGCAGCCAAAUAUGGGACAAGGAGGAUGCAUGGCUAUUGAGGAUGGAUAUCAACUUGCAUGGGAGUUGGACAGUGCAUGGCAACAAAGUGCAAAAUCAGGCUCUACAAUUGACAUUGAUUCUUCCCUUAAGAGCUACGAGAUGGAAAGAAGAUUAAGAGUUGCUAUUAUUCAUGGAAUGGCUAGAAUGGCUGCUUUCAUGGCUUCCACCUACAGGCCAUAUCUAGGUGUUGGUCUUGGACCCUUAGAGUUUUUGACCAAGUUUAGAAUACCACAUCCUGGAAUAGCUGGAGGAAGGUUUUUUAUUCAAAAGUUGACUCCUUUGAUGUUGAAUUGGGUGUUAGGUGGAAAUAGCUCCAAACUUGAAGGCAGAUCAAUAUGUUGCAGGCUAUCAGACAAAGCAAGUGAACAGUUGCAUACAUGGUUCGAAGAUGAUGAUGCGCUCGAGCGUACUAUUAACGGAGAAUGGAAUUUAUUACCAUUUGCAGAUGAAACGCGUCUCCUGAGACCUAUAUCUUUGAGUCAAGAUGAGACGAAUCCUUGCAUAAUCGGAAGCAUGCAGCAACGAGAAGAUUAUCCUGGAAAUUUAAUCACAGUACCUUUACCUCAGGUUUCUCAAUUCCAUGCUCAAAUUAACUACAAAGAUGAUGCCUUCUUUUUGACUGAUUUAUGUAGUCAACAUGGCACCUGGAUCACUAACAAUGAAGGAAGGCGAUACAAGGUACCUCCAAAUUAUCCUUCCCGCGUUCGUCCUUCUGAUGUGAUUGAGUUUGGUUCUGAUAAGGCUUCAUAUCGCGUAAAAGUGACAAGAUCUGCUCCAUUAGUGUCUCAAAAAGAAGCGACACAGAUUUUACAGAAAGUAUAAAGUAUAACUAUGAUUCUGUUUUAGUUACAGUUUGCCUUGUAAAUUAUAGAAAAUUUGUACAGCAAAAUAAAAAUAAGUAGCUAUAAAGCACCCAACAUCUGCAUUGUUUUAGUGCAGGCUAUUUUUAUACAAUGAUGCCAAUCAUUUUAGGAUCUGUACAUUUUAGACAGACAAUUUUUUAUAGUGAUUCUCAUAAUGAAAUUAUAUACUUUUAUUCAUUUA